UCCCUCCUGUUGUAGAUAAGAACCUCAGGCCCCCAAUCAGAGGGUUAGCAAAUGUCAGAGCCAAGGUCUGACCGCAGGCACUCCAUUCCAGACCCCAUGUCAUAUCAUCCCCUCUUAAUGAAAUGGAUGGUCACGUGUAAGAUCUGCUCCAGGUGAAGAUGAAUCUCUUUUCACUCUCUGCUCUGCUUUCCUCUUCAUUGCUUCCCUGUCCGUCACUUGUGAAUUGCUUCUCAUACUUCUUGGAUGAUCACACCGAUGGUAAGUACAUCAGAGAGGCUCAUCUUCAGAUGAAGAAACUGGGGCAUAGAAAGUUGAAGUGACUUGUCCAUGGCCACACCAGAGUAGGGUGUCACUGCUUUCAUUUGGCCAUUGGUGGCCCUAAGCUGGUAUAUUUGGUAAUCUCCUUAUUGAAGGAUACUGUGGUCUGGGGGAACCAUCUGCUUCCCCACGUGCUCUGAGUUCCAUGUGAUGGAGACCUAUAGCAGAGUAUAAUUCACUCGCUUGUAUUCAGUUUCUAUUAGUAAAAAGUUAUUUCAGGUCCCAUGAUUUUCACCAUGAAAGGUCUUCUGUGAACCAGAGAGAAGCCGUUUGAAAGAAGUUAUUAAGCAUUAUUAAUACAAUUAUGCAUAACAAAGGACGUAAUUUAACUUCCCCACAUCCAACAAAGAAAUUCAUUUGAAGCUUCAGGAGCUGUAGCCGGAAGGGCAGAGCUCAUGGGGUGGAUUCUUCAGGCGGGGAAGUGGGGAGUAUGGGCAAGGAGCCAGUGCUGGCUGCUUUGUCCUCGGGGACACUUCUGCGCAUGACGGGAUACCCCUCUCUCCCAACCUCCCCAGCUCUUCAGUCACCUUCCACCUGAGGACCCCACAGCGUUUCCUUAUCACAGGCACAGAGUCCAGAGAAUUGGCUUGCUCUUGCCUCUCCCCUGGCUCAGCAUACUGCAUAGGCAGCAUUGAAAGAACAAUUGAUUUUAAACAAUAAAAGAUGACCACAGAAACACUCAGAGGAGAGAUACAACGGCUAUCCUAGUGGAAGGAAAACCUUAGUGAAUUUUUCUGACUUCAUCGAAAAUACCAGAAAUAACUUAUUUACUGUUACUGGUAUCGUAUCCAUCCUUACCGCAGUUGCACUCGGUAUUUUUACUUUAUUGCACUAAAGCUCAGAGCAAACACUGUACCUAUACGCAGUCCCUAGAACAGCUCAUGGCACAGAGUUAGGUGCUCAGAAAGUAUUUACUGAAUGAAGGGAUGGUACAGAUGAGAAAACUGAAGACCCCAAGUGUUAAAGUGACUUGUCCAAGGUCACAUCUCUAGCAGCCGACAAAGCCAGGAUUCAAACCCAGGGCUACCCAGCACUAUAGAGUUCUUUCUUCCUGAUUGCUUGGGUAGGCCUGUUUGUUGGUACAGAAAGAUGGAGAUUGGAGACCCAGCGAUCUUUAACAAAGCCAUGGACUGAGGUCCAGGAAACGUCAGUUCUGGCCCACCGUUGCUGAAAUCUCUGUGUGGCCUUGGAAAAGCCUCUUCUCCACUCAGAACCUCAGUUUCCUAAUCUGUAAAAUGGAGAGAUGGAAGCAGUGUGUUCUAAGGGUCCACGGGUCCUCAGAAGCCCCUGGGCAGGUUUAUGCUUUGUCAUCUCUCAUGCUCACUUGGAGCUGGGGUCAGGGGUUGACAGAGGGGCUAAUUCAACACCCAAGUACAUGAGGAAAGCAGUCAUUUGUGUUUUAUCUCGGAGGUGCAAAAAAAUUCAAGGUUGACAUAGUCCCAAGCCAGCAAAUACCCUGAAAUGAAAGUUGCAGAGAGAAAAGAAAGAAAAAGAAAGUAGAGGCAUUUGGAGAGGGGAAGAAAAAAAGCUCUGAUUCCACGCCUGGGUUGGUGUAGCAUAUAAUCUGAAACAGGCGCUCAGGUUUAUAACUGUGCCCAGGUCUGAUCCCUGGCACAUAAGAGCGCAGCCUUUAAAAAGGAAAAAAAAAAAAAAAAGGCGUGUAUCUUUAAAGCCUCUCUUCUAUGUGAUAUUUUUGUAACCCUUUGGAGGUUAUGUCGCUAGGGCCUUUGCAUCCAGCAAAGGCUUUCUUCCCCUCUUCCUGGCUUGGGGAUUAUUGAUUUGGAAGGCGAGGCUAAUUUACAUGUAAAUAAAUCUCAGCGCUGGGCAGAGGGGACGGGACAUCCAGAUGCCUCGACUGACUUGCUGACGUCACGGCUUCAUUAGCAUGCGGAGGAUGCGAGCACUGCAACAGCGACUUCGGCACCACCAGCAGCUCCGCCGACUGUUAUUAUUAUUUUUUGGCGGAGCUGCACGUUUCCUGGUUCAGUAUCUUGGGCUCCGCGACCAGCUGACUGGUCUCCCCGGGGUCUGGCUCAGGAUCAGUUGGUGACGCUGAAGCUUCGGUCUGUGACUUCCUGCAGAUUGUCGUGAAGGAGGGGAGUUGAGACAAAACUGGGGGUUCUCGGGAAGGCGAUCGGAUCCGAAGGGAGGGAAGAAGUCACACUUUUUCCCCUGCCUGGUGGAUCCCAAGAGGGGCUCGAUCCAGCAGUGUUCUUUCCGUGAGCGAAUGCAGAGCAGCCCUGGCUUGAGCCUGCUGCUGCUGGCGUCAGGAAGGGUCCAGAUUUGGAGAAGGGUUUCCAGAAAAAGAUGCUUUGGCUGCCUGCAGUCCUGCUUGCAUUCUUAGAAGCCAGAGCCAGGGGAAAAGUGAACUGGGGCAAUUGACAAGCUCAGAGGGUCUGGCGGAAGCUUCCAUCCAGACUGGGAAUUUCACCCUCCCUUGAGGAAGAUCUGUCUGCACUGCAAGUGCCCUCAGGAGGAGCACAUGGUGACGGUGAUGCCCCUGGCUAUGGAGAAGACUGUCAGCAAACUCAUGUUUGACUUCCAGAGGAACUCGACCUCGGAUGACGACUCAGGCUGUGCCUUGGAGGAGUACGCCUGGGUCCCGCCGGGGCUGAAGCCUGAACAGGUUCACCAGUACUAUAGCUGUCUCCCAGAAGAGAAAGUUCCCUAUGUCAACAGUCCUGGAGAGAAACUUCGAAUCAAGCAGCUAUUACACCAGCUGCCGCCACAUGACAAUGAGGUUCGCUAUUGCAACUCCCUGGAUGAGGAAGAGAAGAGGGAGCUGAAGCUCUUCAGCAACCAGCGGAAACGUGAAAACCUGGGUCGUGGCAAUGUCAGGCCCUUCCCGGUCACCAUGACAGGAGCGAUCUGUGAGCAGUGCGGAGGCCAGAUCAACGGCGGGGACAUUGCUGUGUUUGCGUCGCGCGCCGGACACGGUGUCUGCUGGCACCCACCCUGCUUUAUCUGCACUGUCUGCAACGAGCUCCUGGUGGAUUUGAUCUACUUUUACCAAGAUGGGAAGAUAUACUGUGGCAGGCACCACGCGGAGUGCCUGAAGCCGCGCUGCGCAGCCUGCGACGAGAUCAUCUUUGCAGACGAAUGCACAGAAGCUGAGGGGCGACACUGGCACAUGAAACACUUCUGCUGCUUCGAAUGCGAGACAGUGCUGGGCGGCCAGCGCUACAUCAUGAAGGAGGGAAGGCCCUACUGCUGCCACUGCUUCGAGUCCUUGUACGCAGAAUAUUGCGACACCUGUGCCCAACACAUAGGGAUCGACCAAGGUCAAAUGACCUAUGAUGGCCAACACUGGCAUGCCACUGAGACCUGUUUCUGCUGUGCUCACUGCAAGAAGUCCCUCCUGGGCCGGCCGUUCCUCCCCAAGCAAGGCCAGAUCUUCUGCUCACGGGCCUGCAGUGCUGGGGAGGACCCCAACGGCUCUGACUCUUCUGAUUCAGCCUUCCAGAACGCCCGGGCCAAAGAGUCCCGGCGCAGCGCCAAAAUCGGCAAGAACAAGGGCAAGACCGAAGAGCCCAUGCUGAGCCAGCACAGCCAGCUGCAGGUGAGUUCCAACCGGCUGUCGGCUGACGUGGACCCCCUGUCGCUGCAGAUGGACCUGCUCAGCCUGUCCAGCCAGACACCCAGCCUCAACCGGGACCCCAUCUGGAGGAGCCGGGACGAGCCGUACCAUUACGGGAACAAGAUGGAGCCGAACCAGUCACAGAGCCCCUUGCAGCUCCUAAGCCAGUGCAACAUCAGAACUCCCUACAGUCCGGGAGGGCAAGGGGCCGGGGCCCAGCCCGACAUGUGGGCCAAGCACUUCAGCAACCCCAAAAGGAGCUCAUCGCUGGCCAUGAAGGGGCACAGUGGCAGCUUCAUCAAGGAAUGCCGAGAAGACUAUUACCCGGGAAGGCUGAGGUCCCAGGAGAGCUACAGUGAUAUGUCCAGCCAGAGCUUCAGCGAAAACCGAGGCAGCAUCCAAGUCCCCAAAUAUGAGGAGGAGAUGGAAGAGGAAGGGGGCAUGUCCACGCAGCAGUGUCGGACCCGUCAUCCGAUCAGUUCACUGAAAUAUACCGAGGACAUGACGCCCACAGAGCAGACCCCGCGGGGCUCCAUGGAAUCGCUGGCCCUGUCUAACACAACAGGCCUCUCCGCAGAUGGUGGUGCCAAGCGCCAGGAGCACCUCUCCCGGUUUUCCAUGCCCGAUCUCAGCAAAGACUCUGGGAUGAACGUGUCCGAGAAGCUGAGCAACAUGGGCACGCUGAACUCGUCCAUGCAGUUCCGCAGCGCCGAGUCUGUUCGCAGCCUGCUCUCCGCCCAGCAGUACCAGGAGAUGGAGGGAAACCUCCACCCUCUCGGCAACCCCAUCAGGUACAGAGACCUGCAGGCCCACGGAAGGAUGCAUCAGAGCUUUGAUUUCGAUGGGGGGAUGGCGGGCAGCAAGCUGCCGGGGCCGGAGGGUGUGAGGAUGCAGCCCAUGAGCGAGCGCACGCGGCGGAGAGCCACUUCCCGCGAAGACAACCGCCGCUUCCGACCUCACCGCUCCCGGCGAUCCCGACGCUCUCGCUCAGACAACGCCCUCCACCUGGCCAGCGAGCGCGAGGCCAUCUCUCAGUUAAAAGAAAGGCCCCCCCUGAGAGCCAGGGAGGAUUAUGAUCAGUUCAUGCGCCAGCGGAGCUUCCAGGAGAGCCUGGGCCAGGGGUCCCGGAGGGACCUGUACGGCCGGUGCCCCCGGACUGUAUCGGACCUGGCUCUGCAGAACGCCUUUGGGGAGCGAUGGGGACCCUACUUCACUGAGUACGAUUGGUGUUCCACCUGCUCUUCGUCCUCGGAGUCUGACAACGAGGGCUAUUUCCUAGGAGAACCCAUCCCCCAGCCCGCCCACCUGCGAUACGUCACGAGUGAUGAGUUACUGCACAAAUACAGCUCGUACGGCCUCCCCAAGUCUUCCACGCUAGGUGGCAGGGGACAGUUGCACAGCAGGAAAAGACAAAAGAGCAAAAACUGUAUCAUUUCUUAAUCCGAUGGGGGUCAGGGGAUAGGGGAAGAUGGGAGGUAAGAAUGUAAAUUCAGAAACUUGCACUGUUUUAAAUUUUAAAGCUCUUUGCUUUGGUGGUUCCAGGGAGAGAUGAGAAGAGCUCUCUGUUGAUGGCGGCAAGGUCACCGACUGACUCGAUAGGUAGUCACAGUUCUUGGCAUGUUGAAUAUUAUUUGCACAUUUCACUUUGGAAACGCUAUAGACUCUACGGAGGCCAGGAUUGGUCACCUCCUUCCCGUCCGUCUGUGUUGAGCUGCCACUGGCAAGAUGGCAAAAUUGUUUCCCGCUCGCUUAUAUAUUAUAGCCUCUCUGGUUCUCUCCCUUUUAGGACCCUUUUUCCAGUACGUAAUUUGUUUAUUAGCCAGGACCCAAGACUAAGUUAUUUACAUGUCCAUUGUAAAUGCGAUGUAAAUGAGAGUUCUGAUAAAAUAUUUUUGUAUUUUGUAAUAUCGAAGGAAUUUCUAUAUCGUAGGACUCAGUGGAGCCUUGCAUGCACGUCCAGCAUCGUCUUUGAGUAGUACUCCAAGGUGGUCCAGGACCACUUUUUUUUUUUUUUUCUUUUUUCUAUACAAAUUUGUUACAUGUCAGUGAGACCUUUUUCAAAGGAGUUUAUUCAAUUUGGCUUUUUGUGGCUGAAAAACAAAAAUUGCCUAUUACACCCAAAGCAUUUGAUGCUCCAUCUAUCUUGCGGAGCCAUCCUUAAGUCCGCUCCCAGCCUCAGUAGAAUCUCUUCUCUACAAAGUGAUAGUAACUUUUUUUUUAAUUUAUAAUUGCUGGCGUAACUUUUGCCAAUUAGAAAAGCCAACCAGUGUCAGUCAGGUUCCGUGAGAAACGCCAUCCCUGCUGGGAACACUGAAGUUGCUUACCAUUGAGCUAUCCCUUGGGGAACAUAAAGUGUCUGUGAGUGGUGCGGUUUGUGUGAUGUCAGCAUGACAUUGUUUUGAAUGUGGCAUUAUUUCCUGGUGCUCGUUUCCUGGAUCGUAUUAUCCGCUUUCCUUUACCAAGGCAGACAGCUGCCUUAGCCUAACAACCGGUUGUCCUCAGCGCAAAUGAACUUCAGCUUUGGGAAUUUCGGGCCAGAAAGGUUCCGAGGGACUCUGGGAGUGAUGGUGUGUUCUAGGUCGUAGGUCAUACGUGGAGAAGGAACAGGUCAAGGGUAGAGACUGAAGGGGAAUAUGAAGGAAGGUCAGAGCAAAGAAGAACUUCUGGAAAUGAAGUAGAGGAGACUUGACAACCACCUCGAAUAGCCCCCAGUGCUUGUGGGAAAAAAAAAACAACCCAGUUUAA